AUGAGUCUCAGCGUCAGCCCCUCGUCGCUGCCUGUCGACGGCUUCUCCGACCCUUACGACUCCGCGUACCGCUUCCGCCCGCCUAACUCUACCACCGGACUGCACCGCUCUCACGUUAGUGAGCAUCAAGCGAUUUUGCCAGGAAGCCGAGGCGCAUUCAAUGGCGCCCCAGAUAUGGCGCCGCCACCACACAUCCGGCCACCGCCGUCCGUUUUCGGGGAAAGUUUCUCGUCCGAGCAGGGGUUUCCGGGUCCUCCUUUCGGCGCGGACACGAUGACGCCUACCAUUGGCGGGUGGGGGUCGGCGAGGGCGGCGGUGGUCAUCCGCAGCGGCGACGACGAGGACCAGUCGCGCCACGUCCCCAUUGCCUACCGCCCUCCGCCCCAUCCGCCCCGCCCGUGCGGCUCGCAAGCUCCGCCCGCCCCCGCGCUGCACCUGGCGGAGGGCGUGACGAUAAGGAAGGGCAACGACGACGACUUCGACGCGUCGCAGGCCUUUCCGCUCUCCGCCAGUAGCUUCCGUGGCAGCGCCCCGCAGGCAUCUCCGCACUUCCGCCGCUUCGACCCCGCGUUCCCUGCCGCCGAGCAUGCCCCGACAGCCGCAGCCGCGCCGUCUUUCGACGGUUACGGUGGCCACGGCGACUUUGGGGCGUAUAGUUCCAGCCCGCAGCGCUACGACGGCGCGGGUCGCAUCUCCCCUCCGCAAUAUGGAGGCAUUGUCGCAGGCCGCACGGGCGGGUCCCCGCAGAUGUGCGGAGGGGGCAGCGGGGGAGAAUGGGCGGCGCAUCAGCUCGGCAGCGGGGUCGACCCGGGCAGGGGCAGGCGGAGCUUGGACGGGGGUACUGUGCGUAUGGGCAUGGGGACGAUGGCCGCGCGGGACGCGAAUGUGGCGGGCGAGCUCCGCAAAAUGGCGGGCGUGGGCGGCAUGCGGCCAGGGCAAGGCGUUUUCGCGUCGCGGUCGUAUGACGAGCAGGGGAACCCCGAAAUGUACGGGAGGACGCCCGCAGCAAUGCGCGGAACGGCGUGCGCUGAUGGCGCAGGUAGCGAGGGAAGCUGGCGGAACGGGGGCGACUACUACUCGGGCGAGCGGGAUACGGAAGGACGAAGCGGCGGCGGGAGCCAGCAGAGCGCGCUGUCGCUGAAAGAGGAGCUCGCGGCGCUCGACUGGGGCAACGGUGGCUCGGGCGACGAAGCGCCUCUGCGGAGCUCCCAGCGACCCAACUCCGACGAAAGCUGGAACCUACCCUUCAACCCUUCGUGCGAAUUCUCGCAAAGCAACCAGUUUCAUCACCAACUUAAAUACUCCGUCAACGACCCUGCAGAUUCCGCGUCUGGCUUUCCUCCUGGCAGCAGCGGGGUGUGGGGGGGAUCCGUGGUGGCAGAGAGUGAUGCGGGGAGUGUGAUGGGCGGAGGGGGAGCGGGAGCAGGCGGCGAUUGUCGUCUUUUUACGCAAGAGCAGCUGGCGAGGGCAACGGACAACUGGAGCCCGGCCAAUCAACUCGGGAAGGGCGCCUUCGGCACGGUGUACCGCGGCCGCGUGAUGGGGUGUGACGUGGCAGUGAAGCGGCUGGAGGGCACGAGCUGGCAGGGCCCCGAUGAGUACAUGACGGAGGUGGAGGUGCUGAGCCGCAUGCGCCACCCGCACAUCGUGCUGCUCAUGGGCCACUGCCCCGACGCCAUGUGUCUCGUCUACGAGUACCUGCCAGGUGGCUCCCUGCAGGACCACCUCAAGCCCACAGCCGGGCAGCGGCCUUUGUCUGUAGUGGAGCGGGUGCGGGUGGCGUCGGAGGUGGCGUCGGCGCUGCUGUUCCUGCACCACCACGACCCGCCCAUCGCCCACCGCGACCUCAAGCCCGACAACGUGCUGCUGGACUGCAACCGUAGGUGCAAGCUGGCGGAUGUGGGCCUGGCGCGGCUGAUCGCGGAGGACGACUCCACCACCACGCGCGUGCGCGGCACCGUGGGGUACAUCGACCCCGAGGAGGUGCUCACGUUUGAGAUCAGCGUGCUGUCGGACGUGUACGCGCUGGGGCUCAUCAUGCUGCAGCUGCUCACGGGGGAGGCGGGCAUCAAGAGCCUGCACAAGCGCAUCAAGCCCUUUCAGGACGCCCUCGACCGAUACUGGGAGCGGGGAGGCGCUGUCGGCAGCAGCAGCAGCGGCGGCAGCCCCAUGGUGCAGGCGGUGGCAUCGCUGGUGUCAGAGCAUCUGGACGUCUCGGGCGGCGAGUGGCCGCUGUCUGUUGCUUGCCAGCUGGCAGAGUGGGGCCUGCGGUGUGCCGCCCGGCAGCGUGCCUGCCGCCCGGAUCUGGCGGGCGAGCUGCAGCCGGCGCUGCAUGGGCUGGUGGAGCAGAUGGAGGCGGGGGAGAGGCAGCGGCAGCAGAGCAUUGAGGACCAGUUUGUGUGCCCGCUCUCACAUAUGCGUAUGACCGAUCCAGUGGUGGCAGCAGAUGGCUUCACAUACGAGCGUAGCAGCAUAGAGGAGUGGCUCAAGACUCAUGACACAUCGCCAUCCACUAAUGAACCAUUGCCGCAUAAAUAUCUCACACCCAAUCAUUCACUGCGCAUGCUGUUGCAGUAA